ACUGCUGACCGGCCGUGUACCUGUAUAUUUUUAUUCUCUGUAUUUCUAUGUGGUCAGCAGUUUCACGUAAAUGAGAUAUCGCUAGAAAGUGCUGACCAGUUAAAUAUAGAGUAAAACUGCUGACCAGUUAAAUAAAGGGUAAAACUGCUGACCAGUUGAAUAUAGAGUAAAACUGCUGACCGGGCGUGUACCUGUAUAUAUUUAAUGUGUGCAAAGUGCUGACCAGUUAAACAUAGAGUAAAACUGCUGACUGGCCAUGUACCUGUACAUAUGAUAGUUUUUUGUGGUCAGCAAAUUCUCACAUAUCUUAUAUAGCGCUAUAAAGCGUACGAUUACUGUUUUUUUUUUUUUAAAUUCAGGUUAUUGCUCUGGUAAUCGGCGCUAAUGACAUCGGUAGAAGGCCAGCUGUCCAAAUUGUAGAAGAUAUCAAGAGACUAAGCUUCCGUCUGCACACCAUGUCUCCGAGUACAACAGUCCUGGUGUCCGAGAUCCUACCAAGGGGACGCGAUUUGUUCCAAGUGCAAACCCCCGACCGUGUAACUGCAGAGACUGUGUUUCUAGACGACUGGAAUGCUGUUGCUACUGAAGUCAACAACAUGCUGCACGUGCUUUCUAAGUCUACCAGUUGGUUCCAGACUAUCAGUCAGUGGGACUUUCACUCUUUAUUUGGUGAGUACAAAUUCAAAUGUUACUUCCUAAUCUCUCAUUCGCUACGAUAGAAUAAUAAAUGCUUAACAUGUACAGAUUUAUAAAAUGUAUAUUACGAUAUAAUGAUAAAUGCUUAAUAUGUACCAUUAUAGAAAGAUAAAUGCUUAACAUUUGCAAUUUUAUUUACAUAUAUACUAUGAUGAAAUAAUAAACACUUUACACAUACACAGUUUUUAUAUACCUGAGUACUACGGAAUUAUAAAUGUUUAACAUGUAUAUUUUUUCAGGCGCUCCUCGUCGGUUUCUGGGGAGAGAUGGACUACACCUCAAUAUCGAAGGCACUGAGAAGUUGGCCAACAUCAUCGAAACAGCAAUGGAGUCCGUACCGGCAGUUUCCGUACCCACGUAUUCUCCGAGUCGUGAGCCAGAGGCUACGUGCAUCGCACCUCCGGGAAGACCAAAUCAACCGUCACCGUCCGAUCAUCAGCAAUCCCAAGGUUGGUCCAAGGUUCAUAGGAUAGGUCGCAAGUCGUACUCAAGUCGUAAAACAGGUCGUCGGUCGUCUUCACGUCGAAAGUCGGGUGAACAAGCCUCGUCGGGUUCUGUUGGUGGUCAAUCGUCUUUGGUUGAGAGAGCUUUAGAAAACAGGAGAGUCUACGAAGCCGUUCGUGAUCUUCCAUCUGCUCCACUAUCAAACGGCUGGUAUCAAGCAGCUGCACCUGCGUCGGUUAGAAGAUCAUCUACUUACCUACAGUCUACAAGUCGUCGCCAUGGUAACGGUUCCUCGCCAAGAGUUACACCUUCAACUAGUUCAUCACAGCGUUGUCGUAGAAAAACUCUUUUCAGUAGUGAUAAGUUUGUUUUGUGUGAAAAUGAAUGUAUAUAUUAUUUGAAUACCGAUGUGUCGUCAAAUCUCGUUGGGGGCGGAGUUGAAACACCAAUGUUUUCGUCCACUGAUAGGGUAUUAUCUUACGGAGAAGCGUCCUGCAUUCUGGAAUCGAACUAGCCUAGUUACGGCGCAAUUGUAGACCCAAAAGUAGUAAAAAAUGUGGAACGAAAAAAGGUAGAAAAGGAGACAUAGACGAUAAUGACAUUAUUGUAAAUCCGGCACCAGACUCUGUUUUAAAAAGUGGAAAUAAAAAUAUUUCAAGCACUCCGGGCCCGGCAGUUACACCAACGCUUAAAACGGAAAUCAAACAAGAAACAUGUAGUGACGUCAGGCGGUCUUUGUUCGACGCAUCAACUCCGAAAUCAAUUAUGAAAACUCCUAAAGCAUCUUCAAGCGAUAAAAAACGUAAGCUGCGAUUUGCCUCUCCUGAUAAUAGCAAAAGUAAAAUUCCUAAGUUAAAUGAGCUUUCAACUAUAGAUGAAAAUUUAGAACUGAUAGAGUUAAGCGACCGCCGUGACGACAGCCUUCAAGAAGAAGAACAAAACCUUUGGAUAAGCAAUUUAAAACUUACAGAUAAGGAUAAAACUAUUAUAAAUGACAAAAACGGAAAGUUACACUCACAACAUAUAGAAGCUGUAAGUAAACUUUUAAGGAAACAAUUUGGAAAUAAAAUCGGCGGUUUGCAGUUAUGCGAAAAAGUUCCAAAGUUCGACGACAAUAAAAAAAUUUGGACAACUUUUACGCCAUUCCAGCCAGCGAAGGAAAAGUUUUCGUGUCAAAUCCAUCAUAAUCAUAAGGAUCACUGGGUAACAUCUAUACAACACAAUGAUAGUAUAUAUUUGAUAGACAGUUUAGGCAACGAAAGACCAAAUGACAGAAUUAUACCAGACGGCCUCAAAAUUCAGCUUUCACAGAUUUAUGGAAAAAAUGAAGAGGGUUUUGAUAUAACAGUUCCUUUGGUCCAAAAACAAGACAAUUCAAUCGACUGUGGAUUAUUUGCUGUGGCUUAUGCCACCUCAUACUGUAUUAGGCAGAAACUUUGUUUUGAUUUGAUAUUUGAUCCCUUUAAACUAAGACAACAUUUAAUCUCUUGUCUAGAAAACGAAACAAUGUCGGAAUUUCCAACAACAAAAAAGACUCUAAGCACUCGUCGUAAAAAACUGCAGAAAAUUAUUUCGAUAGAAAAUUACUGUAUUUGUAACCUACCCGCCUGCUUAGGCGAUCAAGUCCAGUGUGACAAAUGUUCACGCUGGUACCACAAGCACUGUGUGGAGGCGCCUGCAGAUGUUUCGCAUGCCGACGUAGAAUUUGUUUGUUCUGUCUGUUAACAUAUGAUUACAAUGAUUACGUACAAUGUUCAAUAUGAAUCAGAGAUCAUCAUUAUAGAUAUGUAUAUAAUUUGUUCAUAUUUUACUUUUUAUGUAAUAUACUUGAACUUCAAAUAAACAAUUCAAUCAUUCCUGUGAUCUGUGUAAUAUAAUGUAUUAUUAUUGCUUAUACAACACUGAUAUAUAUAUAUUUAUAUAUUGAAUUGUCUUACAGUUUGCAGUACAAUAUACAUAGUUCUAAUUUAAGUCACAUAGAAUAUGUUCCAAAUGUAUGUUAUGUGUUUUUGAUAUUGCGUAUUAAUAUUAUUAUCAUUAUUAUGAUAAAAGAACGGUAGAUAUUUCAUUAAUAAUAUCUUAAAUUUUGCAUGUUUGUAUAUAAUGUGUUCAUAUUUUACUUUGUUGUUUAUGUAUUCGUGUAAAGAAUUAUUCAU